AACACCAGAAACCAAUCCAUUGAUCACAGAAACAAACUUCAUUCAUUACCAGAAUCUCCUUAGAAUUCUACACUAGAAUACUUCAUCCUUCAAAAUAUAUUCAUUCUUUUCUCUACUUUCUCUACAGAUCAGAGACGACGAUGAGCAAGAUCCCUCAUUUUCUUGUGAUUCCUUUCCCAGUUCUGGGACAUGUGAAUCCUUUGAUGCAGUUCUCUGAGGUUUUAGCCAAACAUGGCUGCAAGGUCACUUUUCUCAACACAGAGUUCAGUCAAAAGCGAGUCAUGGCUGCAGCAGCAAGUUCUUCCCACCACCAUCAACACAGUAAAAAUAAUAGUCUGAUUAAGACGGUGACGCUGCCAGAUGGUUUGAGUGAAGAUGAUGACAGGAGUAAGCCAAUAGAGUUUAUUCAAUCAGUGAAGAGCACCAUGCCUGGGAAGCUUCCAAAGCUCAUUGAAGAUGUGAAUAAUGGCGAAGGUCAGGAUAGUAAAAUCUCAUGCAUUGUGGUUAGUAUGAACAUGGGAGGGGCUUUAGAAGUGGCUCAGAAACUGGGAAUCAAAGGUGCUGUGUUGUUUCCUGCAUCUGCUACUUCCAUGGCCUCCGUUGCCUGCGUCCAAAGGCUGAUCGAUGAUGGAAUCAUUGAUCCCGAAACUGGUCUUCCGAUCAAGAACGAGGAAAUUCAACUUUCCCCAGACAUGCCUCUUAUGGACCCAGCAAAGUUUGCAUGGACAACCCUUGGUAAGUCCUUCUUCGGCCCCAUGUUACAAGAGGCACAAACCUUAAUAAGCUUAGGACAAUGGUGGCUCUGCAACACUACCUACGAGCUUGAACCUGGUGCACUUUCAAUAUCACCAAAAUUCCUACCAAUUGGCCCCUUAUUACCUGAUGAGCAAAACUCAAGUUCUUCAUUCUGGCAAGAAGAUCAAACCUGCCUCGAUUGGCUCGACCAGCAACCACCUCGAUCAGUCAUUUACGUUUCGUUUGGAAGUUUAGCAGUAAUGGACCCGAGCCAGUUCAAAGAACUCGCACUCGGACUCGAUCUUUUAGACAGGCCUUUUCUUUGGGUCGUGCGUCCUAGCAACACUAACAAGCCUAAUGGUAGCUAUGUGUUCCCAGAAGGGUUCAAAGGUGAGAAGGGUAAAAUAAUCAAUUGGGCUCCACAAAAGAAGGUUCUGAAUCACCCUUCUGUGGCUUGUUUUGUUAGCCACUGUGGCUGGAAUUCUACUAUGGAUGGUGUGUGCAGUGGUGUGCCAUUCUUGUGCUGGCCAUUCUUUAGUGAUCAAUUUGAAGAUAAAGAGUAUGUUUGUAAUGUGUGGAAGAUUGGUUUGGGGUUUGAGAAGGAUGAGAAUGGGGUGAUAACCAGGGAAGAGAUAAAAGAGAAGGUUGAGAAGUUGAUUGGGGAUGAAGAAAUUAGAGAGAGGUCUUUGAAAUGGAAGAAGAUGGUCAUGGAUAAUGUUGCCGAAGGUGGCCGAUCUUCAGACAAUCUCAAGAAGUUUAUCAACUGGACCAAGGAAUAAUGAGGAUGUGUGUGUGUUAUGCAAGAAUUUCUCAUAAAUAUUGAGGGUUUAGGAGUUGGAAAAGCACUUGUUUGGUUUUUUAAUUUAGAAUCUUUUGAUUAAUAAAAAUUAGUAAAUGAUUGAGCAUGAUAGCGUCAUACAAUUUAUGUAACUUACCACACCUCAUGGGAUAAAACUUAUUAUUGUUGUAAUCUUUUGAUUAAUAAAUUUUUUAAUGCAUAUAGACAAUCUUGAAUAAUAAAUCUUGUUUGGUCUUUA